AUGGCGUACAUUUUCCUGUUUGAAGUUAUUGUCGAUGAUUUGAACCUAUUUUCGGACGUUCGAAAUUCAACCUCCGGGGAAGAGAAUGAUCUUGGCGCGGUACGAAGAGAGCUCUGUGUCCGUUUGCAGCUCGCAAACCUGGUACGGUGUGAAGUUUGUGAGAAAGAUUUCGGUUCCGCACUAGACAUGGCGGUACGCAAAACUGGAGAAAACUGUCUAUUCGCGUACAAUCCAACGAUCGAGCAGGAAGCGGAACUGGUGCUACAAGUUUCUGCCCACGAAAAAGGUCCCACUGGGAUGAAAAAAUUGAUCGGCAGCUGGAAGGGACCGGGCCGGGAAAUGUUGGUAGAACUUGCAAAAGCGUUCGACCUCCAGAAUGAAACGUCCGUUGAGAAAAGCUCAAACGAAUCUCUGCUAGCAGGUGAGGUGGACCGCAUAGAGCAACGCAACCACAAACCAGUUUCGAACACCUUCAAGCAAUUGUAUCCACUCGAAAUGGAAACGGAAGGUACGGUCGUGGGUGUUGUUAUACUCACUAUCCGAAUGUCCUGUCUGGGUCCGAACAUUAAUCAGAAAGUGUUGUUCGGUGGACGGGACCUACAGCAACAGCCCGUGACGUGCUACAAGAUGGAGAACGAACCUGUCGUACAGUGCGUGACGCUGGAGGAUCAGGACGAGCAAGAGCUGAUCGGUCCCAAGGGAAGUCUUGCUAGUAUUGUAGGGACGGAAAUCGUUCCGGAAGUACAACCGUACGAUGAGUAUGCCGCCGAGUUGAACGAAAAUGCCAUUUGCAUUCGUGUGGAUAAGGAUGCAAACAUUGCGGUUAGCAUCGAUGGUGAGGAAAGCAACGAAUGCACGAAAGGAUGUUGGACUUCCCUCACGCUCCCGGAUGGAGUGUACGGCUUGAAGGAGGAAUACAUCCGCCAAGAAGCAAACGGAUGUCGACUUCCAGUCAUUCGCGGUACGCUCAAGUAUCCAGCCUACCAUUGGUCCGGCGAUUUCAUGCUCGCCAAGAAGACCACUCCGGUUACGGUGGAAGACUAUCGGAAAAAGCCCGACCCAACGCGUACCGUUGCGCUGCAAGCACUUCCGGCACAGCUCGAACGCGACUGUGCCGGUUUCGAGAUCUGUCGCAAAGGUUGGCACGAUCCGAACGUGGACGUGUUUGUGCUUAAACUCGGCAAGAACAAGCGCAACUCGGCUGGAGGUAAUCCGCGAAACCAGGUAGAAAUUGAACUGCGAACACCGCGCGGCCCAUCGCAAGAGAUACGGCCGAAGGUGUCGCGUGGCGUGCAGGUGAUUGAGGAAGAGUUUGAACCGGCCCGAGAAAUGCCACGUACCGCUCCCGAAGCCCCGACCGGCGAGGGUGAAAAGGCCGGCAGGAAAGCGAAGGCUGCCGGUAAAAAGGGCAAAAAGAAGUAA